UCCCGGAGCUGUGUAGUUGGAGCACGGUGUUGUAGAGACGGAGAUAGCUAGAUUAACUAAUUUAUAUACCUAUUUAUCAAACUGUUUCAAAGAGUCACCCUGACACACACAGCUGGUUAAAGCUUAUUAAGCUGGUUUAUUGUAUCGAGGUUGUUACGAUACAGGAAAGAGGAUGGCUCCUAAGAGAAGAGCAGCGUCUGCAACUAAAGCAGGAGGAAAGAAGAUAAAGGAGGAGCCUCCGACCCCAGUAAAAGACAAGUUCACAUCUGCUAAAGAGACUCUGAAGGCUGCAGGACCACAGUCUAAGGCCAAGAGAAAACCAGACAGUGUUUGUUAUCUAUCAAAUGCUGAGGUACAUGAAGAUUAUGAUUGUAUGCUGAACCAGACAAACAUUGGAAAUAACAACAACAAAUUUUAUGUAAUUCAAGUCUUAGUGGAUGGAGGCACAUACUAUUGCUGGACAAGAUGGGGCAGAGUGGGAGAGUCAGGACAGAACAAUUUAGCCGGCCCCACAAAUGCUGAUGCUGCCAUUAAGAACUUUGAGAAGAAAUUCAAAGACAAGACGAAGAACAACUGGAGUGACCGGGAAAACUUUGUCUCUCAUUCCGGGAAGUACACUCUGAUCGAGGUGGAUGGUGACCAGGAUGCUGAGGUGAAAGUUGAUGCUGUAGAUGGACGAGCUUCUGAAGUGAAAAAGAACAUUCUGCCUUGCACACUAGACGAUCCCACUCAAAGACUUAUCAAGUUCAUCUUCAACAACGACAUGUUCAAAGAGGCCAUGGAGAACAUGAACCUAGACAUUAAGAAGAUGCCACUGGGGAAACUGAGCAAGCAGCAGAUUGCUAAAGGCUUUGAAGCAUUAGAGGAGAUUGAAGAGGCCAUAAAGAAUAAAAGUCGUGAGAGCACACUCUCCGAGCUGUCUUCAAAGUUCUUCACCAUAAUUCCACAUAACUUUGGCCGCAACAGACCUCCUGUCAUCAAUACUGAUGAAAUCAUUCAUAGCAAGAAGGAGAUGCUUCUGGUCCUGGCUGAUAUAGAGAUAGCCCAAAGCCUUAAAGCUGAGUCAGAAAAAGCUAAAGAGGAGAUGGUGGAGACUGUACCUCAUCCAAUAGACCAGGACUACCAGUCUCUCAAAUGCAACCUCUCCAUACUGAAUAAGAAAUCUAAAGAGUUUAAGAUUAUUGAGAAGUACUUGAAGGCCACUGGCCAUGGACUCACCAUAGUAGAUGUAUGGCAAGUUGACAGAGAAAAAGAGGCAGAGCGCUUUAAAGAGAACGAUGCUCUGGAGAACAGGAAGCUGCUGUGGCACGGCACUAAUGUGGCAGUGGUUGCAGCUAUUCUCAAGAGUGGCCUUCGCAUCAUGCCGCACUCCGGUGGACGAGUGGGCCAGGGGAUCUACUUUGCCUCUGAAAAUGAAAAGUCUGCUGGUUAUGUCCGUCUUUCCAAUAGGAUUGGUAUCAUGUUUCUGAAUGAAGUUGCUCUGGGAAGGGAGUACACCAUCACUCAAGAUGACCAUACCCUACGAAAGGCUCCCGCCGGCUAUGACAGUGUGGUAGCACGUGGAAGACAAGAACCAGAUUCCGCAAACGAUGUCACCAUUGAUUUGGAUGGGAAGAAGGUGACAGUGCCACAAGGAAAGGCUAAAAAACAGCCUCAGUAUGAGGAAAGCUACUUCCACAACAGUGAGUAUCUCAUUUAUAAAGAGAGUCAGUGCCGCAUCCGCUACCUGCUGGAGCUCCGCUUCUAACUGCUGCACUUUCAGAAGUGUGGACCUCAAAAAAACACAGGUAACUGCUCAAGUUAAAAACACGAACGUUUAUGUUGCACUUUACUAAGCAAGCUUCUUGCUUCUGAAUGAUAAAUGUACUGUUAACCAAAGCCCUUACAGAGUCUGAGUUGCUCUUGACUUAAUGUUCAGUUUAGUUUUAAACACUGAACGUUAUAGACUAAUUUCCUGUUAAAUAUCAUCCUGAAACUGUAAUCAGUUCAUCGUUUUGUCCUUUCAGUCCUGACAUUUGGGCUGAAAGUUUAGACUUAUAGGUGUGUUUAUUUACAAUCAUACUUUAUGUGACAAACAUGUGAGGAAAAUCUGGUUGUUGCUCACAAAGGCACUAAAACAGUUUUCUGUAAUUUUGCAUUUCCUUCCAAUUUAAACCUUUUCAAAAAUAUGCAUCAUCCUAAAGUUCUGCUUUCAUCAGUUUUAUUAUGCAUUUACCAAACAUGCCUUUGAAAAAAAUAGCAUGAAGAUUGAAUAUGUUUUGCACUAUAUAUGUAAAAAAGACAUUUUGAAUGUUAAAACCUUUGAAAAACUGAAGUUUUUCUACUUUUGUUUGUCAGAAAUGUAACCUUUCCAGUUGGGGGUUUGGGUUUUGUUAGAGAGUUUUCUGUUUGUUAAGUAGUCUCAGUAGUUUUGUUAUUAAACAUUGUAUGAGCAACUGCAAUGUUAAUAUUCUUGAAAAGAAAAUAGCUUGUGUUAUCUUCCUAAUUAGGAGCAAAAUCACUAACUAAGGAGCUUAACUUGUAAGAAUUGCUUCAUUUUAUCUUUCCAACAUUAACAUCUGUCAUACUUAUAUUUCAUAUUUUGACACAGUGGCUGCAUGCUCAUUAUGUCUUCUGGUACAUUACCGUUGACUUAUAUUUACUGAAAUAUUAUCCACAGAUGUUCUUUUGAAAGCAUAUUAUAAAGUGCCAGUUUUAUUAUGCAUCCCUACAUAUUGUACUACAGACAUACUGUACAUGAUCCAUUACAGUAGUUGUAUGUGGGUUUUUUUUUUUGACAGUCUAACAUGCUGCAUAGUUAUGUUGCACAUUUGUUCGACUUGAUUUGGAAGAAGUGAAAAUAUCCUAAUGGUACUCUGGGUAAUGCUUUUGUUGUAAUGUUUCUAAAACAUGUAACAAAUAAAUUGUUCUAAAACCUGAA